AUGCACCGAAUUGCUCUUAGAAACUCGGCGCGCGCUCGCCUUCUGGCUGCGUCCUCAAAGCGAGCAACCCGGGUUCUAACGACAAUAUUCAACUUUAGACCACCUCAAACGUCCUCGCUCGUGGUUACGCCACCGCGAAGCCAGCUGCUUCCGAAGUCUCCUCAAUCUUGGAGUCCCGCAUCUCAAGGAACUAACGUUGCUGGAAAUGUCGAGGAAACUGGCCGCGUGUUGAGCGUCGGUGACGGUAUCGGUCGUGUCUGGGGUUUGAGAAACGUCCAAGCCGAAGAGAUGGUGGAAUUCUCCUCUGGUGUUCGUGGCAUGUGUCUGAACUUGGAAGCCGACAACGUUGGUGUCUCCAUCUUCGGUAACGAUCGUCUCAUCAAGGAGGGCGACACCGUCAAGCGAACUGGCCAGAUUGUCGACGUCCCUGUCGGCCCUGGCUUGCUCGGUCGUGUCGUCAACGCCCUCGGUGACCCCAUCGACGGCAAGGGUCCCAUUGAGGCUACGGAGCGUCGCCGUGCUUCGCUCAAGGCCCCCGGUAUCUUGCCCCGUCGCUCGGUCAACCAGCCCAUGAUGACUGGUCUCAAGCCCAUCGACGCCAUGGUUCCCAUUGGUCGUGGCCAGCGUGAGCUUAUCAUUGGUGACCGUCAGACCGGCAAGACCGCUGUCGCCAUUGACACUAUCCUCAACCAAAAGCGAUGGAACGAGGGCAACGACGAGUCGAAGAAGCUUUACUGUGUCUACGUCGCCGUCGGCCAGAAGCGAUCCACCGUCGCUCAGCUCGUCAAGACUUUGGAGGAGAACGACGCCAUGAAGUACACCAUCAUCGUCGCCGCUACUGCCUCUGAGGCCGCUCCCCUCCAGUACCUCGCUCCUUUCUCUGGAUGCGCUAUGGGUGAAUGGUUCCGUGACAACGGCAAGCAUGCUUUGAUUGUCUAUGACGAUCUUUCCAAGCAGGCUGUUGCCUACCGUCAAAUGUCUCUCCUUCUCCGUCGUCCCCCCGGUCGUGAAGCCUAUCCUGGUGAUGUCUUCUACCUCCACUCUCGUCUCCUCGAGCGUGCUGCCAAGAUGAGCGACAAGUUCGGUGGAGGAUCCCUCACUGCCCUUCCCAUCAUUGAGACCCAGGGUGGUGAUGUGUCCGCCUACAUUCCCACCAACGUCAUUUCCAUUACCGACGGUCAGAUCUUCUUGGAGGCCGAGCUCUUCUUCCGUGGUGUCCGACCCGCCAUUAACGUCGGUCUCUCCGUGUCUCGUGUCGGCUCUGCUGCCCAGACCAAGAUCAUGAAGAAGUUUGCCGGUUCCUUGAAACUCUACCUCGCUCAGUACCGUGAAGUCGCUGCCUUCGCUCAGUUCGGUUCAGAUCUCGAUGCCUCCACCCGCUUCUUGCUCUCUCGUGGUGCUCGUCUCACCGAGUUGCUCAAGCAGGGUCAAUACCAGCCUUUGGCCACCGAGGUCCAGGUGCCCAUUAUCUACGCCGGUGUCAACGGUCUCCUUGACUCCAUCCCCGUUGAGCAAAUCACCCGCUGGGAAGCCGAGUUCCGUGACCACCUCACCUCCACCCAGCAGGCUCUCCUCGCUGAGAUCUCCCAGGGUAACGUCAACCCUGAGCUCGAGGCUAAGAUCAAGAAGGUCGUCGAGGACCACGUCUCUUCCUUCACCUCGUAAAUCCCCCCACCCUCGUAGAUUAGACGCCCUUUCCUGGUCAUACGCUUGCCCGGGUCAAAAUAAACCUAAUUUCGCACUCUCUUUCUAUCCAUACCAAUAGUUUUUGACCAAUGGAUUAUUGGACUUUCUAAUUC